AUGCGCCUUCCGAUGCUGGCAUCUUCAGGCCUAGCUGUCGUCGCUAGCGGUCUCUUAUAUUUCAAACAAAACGAGUUAAUUUAUCCCCGAAAUAUCCCCGCAGAUGCACGUACGAAUGUGCCCAAGCCUCGCCAAUUUGGUAUCGAGGACUACGAAGAGCUUCAGCUACGUACUCCGGACGGCGAAAGCUUGCAUGCUUACUUUAUUCGUGCUCCCCGCAAACGAGUAGACCAGAAUCUUACUGUGUUAAUGUUUCACGGCAAUGCGGGUAAUGUGGGCCAUCGGAUUCCAAUUGCGAAAAUAAUGCAAGACUACCUGGGCUGCCAUGUUUUGAUGUUGGAGUAUCGUGGUUACGGUUUAUCCACCGGCGUGCCGGACGAACAUGGACUAAAGAUUGACGCUCAGACAGCGCUCGAUCACUUGCGACUAAGAGGAGAGACGGCAAAUUCACGGAUUGUUGUAUAUGGACAGAGCCUUGGGGGAGCCGUGGCCAUAAACCUUGUCGCAAACAACGAAGACAAGGGCAGUAUCUCCGGUUUGAUCCUCGAGAAUACCUUUCUGAGCAUCCGCAAGUUGAUCCCAAGGCAUGUUCCCACUUCUAAUAUCUGCACAAUGAUAACAAUAUCCAGCGUUUUCCCUCCCGCUCGAUACCUUGCUCGUUUCUGCCAUCAGACAUGGACGAGCGAGGAAGUUCUGCCGAAGAUAACAAAGACUCCUAUACUUUUUCUGAGUGGACUGCAAGACGAGAUUGUGCCGCCAUCGAACAUGACGCAAUUGUUCGCCAUCUGUAACUCCAAGCGCAAAGUGUGGCGAACUCUUCCCAACGGUGCACACAAUGACAGUGUCGCAGAGCCAGAUUACUUUGAGCAUAUUCACUCCUUUGUCACUGAAGAGGUCCUCAAGCAUAACUGA